CUAGGACACGUGAACGCGCCGGGAGCACAUUUGGAAAGGGCGAGGCGGAGCCCAAUCUCCUGGCGUCAUCAAUACGCGCCGGUCGCUGCAGCCGCAAUUUCCGCGGGCAGUAGAUCUCAGGCUGUGCUAUGGCGAGUUCGGCAGCUUCGUCGGUGCGGGCGCCGCGGCCCAAGAAGGAGCCGCAGCCUCUUGUCAUCCCUAAGAACGCGGCCGAGGAGCAGCGGCUCAAGUUGGAGCGACUUAUGAAGAACCCGGACAAAACUGUUCCCAUUCCAGAAAAAAUUAAUGAAUGGGCUCCAAGACCGCCUCCUGAAUUUGUCAGAGAUGUUAUGGGUUCGAGUGCUGGUGCUGGCAGUGGGGAAUUUCACGUUUACAGGCAUCUUCGGCGCAGAGAGUAUCAGAGGCAGGACUUCAUGGAUGCCAUGGCUGAGAAGCAAAAAAUGGAUGCAGAGUUCCAGGAGAGACUGCAGAGGAAUAAAGUGACGGCAGAAGAGCAAACGGCGAAACGUCGGAAGAAGCGUCAAAAACUUAAAGAAAAGAAGUUACUGGCUAAGAAGGCUAAGCAGGAGCAGCAGAAGCCCAAAGAAGGCUCUGACCAUUCUCAAGAGCAUCCUUCCAGUGACAGUGAAGAGGAGGAGGAGGAAGAGGAGGACCAGCCCAGCUUUGUGGUGGGGAGAUAAUGAUGGCGGCGACGGCUGGCCGCUGUGUGUGCUGGGCCAGCCCUGCGGACAGAGGGCUGAGUGUCAUGUUCUCCUGAGCCUCGGGAGAGACAACCCAGACUGGUCCUGGCACGCCAUGCAUGUGCUGGACCAGUGUUGGCCGCCAGACCGAGAGCGCCUGCAAACGUGGGCGUCACAGGUUCUCUCCAGCAGGGGCCUCCCUCGUGCCAAAGUGGCAAAUGCCUGUGUUCAGGCAUCUCAACGACAGGCCUUGCAAGGCAGUUUCUCUUGUACAAAAGGGGCAGAAGAGUCCAUGGGCUUUGUUUGGAUGCAAUAAAGGGCUAAGACCAAA